AUGUUCCCAACAGAUUAUAGAUAUAAAUUAGAGGUAGAAAGGAGAAAAAAAUUUGGCUUAAAAAAUCAUACCAUACCCGAAGUUAUUUUUCGACUUUUUAUAAAUAAAAUGCGGGGCAAAAGUUAUAGCAAGAGAACGCUAUCUAAUAGGGACGCAAGCUAUCUCAAGUUUUCAAAUAAGUUGCAAAAGUAUUCCCGAUUCUUGAAUAAGAAGGCAAUUGAUGUCAACCCACCAGAAAAGUCAAAGCUUAGAACAACCGAAAUCAAUUUAUCCCCGCUUGUGAGUGAUCACGGAGAGAGCUUUGCAAGAAAGAAAGAAAAAGUCUGCAACAUUAUACCGCAACAAAAUAAGCACACGCAAGAGUCACAAAAGAACGCCUUGAAAGAUGAAAUCAAACAAGUUUUGACAAAAGGUAAUCUUAAAAAACUGCAGGAAGAAAUCUUUGCUAAAGAACUUACUAAUAUCUCUUGUCAUCAUUGCCUUUGCAGUGUGAAAAAUAGAAAAAAUAUCAAACAUUCACGACUUUGGUUUCUUUUUGAACUGGAAAUGAGUGAAGAUUGGAAUGAAAACCUUCGACUUGAUUGCUACAAUAAAUACGUGUAUUCUGCAAUUGACGAAUCCUGGAUGAUGGAGAAUAUCCUACUUAAGAAGCAGGAGAAGCAUUAUGAGUAUUUUCCUAUACAGCAAUUGCUGAUUCCCCAUAGUUUUGAAAGUUUCGACAUGCGAAAAAAACCCAAAAACAUUGAGGACUUGACGGUAAAUAUUGAUAGCAUUAUAGAGACUAAUCACCAAGCGGAGAGGUUUCUGCCCGAAAGUAUUCUGAUAAAAAGGGAAAAUGAUAUUGCAUUCGAUGAUUUUCAGUUGGACGCCAAGAAGAUUCUUAACGAUUUGAGUGCAACCUCUGAAAAUCCGUUUGGCUCCUCACCAUGUACCAAAAAACCUGAAACAAACGAAAAUAACAAAGAUACCAUUCCUAAAAAGAAAAAAGAAAAAAAGAUUCUAGGUGCACUAGAAAAGAAGCUGCAUAUAAAUGAUAAUUAUUGA